AUGAGGACAGGACAGCCUUUUAAGAAUGGGAAGAGCAUACCCCUUUAAACAAGGUGGGCUGAGCUUAUUUGCAGUUCUCGCUCCUAUGGCAACCCAAUAGAUCAGCAUCAUGAAUAUUCACAAUUCGCCAAAACGCACCAUGACUAUGGAUCAGUGAUGUCAGCGGUCCCUGGAAUGCUCUACUGUAUUUCGCAGGAUUGUGCCGCUAUGUUUUUGAUGGCAGCCGGCAAGACAGCCGGUGAAAGGAGCAUCCUUCGUCGUGCAUGACCUUUCCCUCGUCUCCGUACUGCCGUCCGCCGGCACGUCCCUCACAUGUCACGCUAAGGUGACUUUCAAGCAGUUUUUUCCACUUUUGCGCACGAUAACGGCACGGCACAAAGAUGCACAUCGGGGACGCAGGGGCCAAGUGGACCGCCCAGGCUGUGCGCGAGGGCAUAAUGCAAACUGCCCGGUAGUCUAAUUAUGUGAAAGAGUAUCUCUGAUCUGUUCCCGUGGAGCUGCGGCGGUCCAUGUCAUGUGUGGCAGCGGGUUUUCAGGGAUUCCGAUUUGCUUCAGACUGUUCGCUCUCACAAAUAGAUAGGGAGCGCGGAGCCGGUCGCAGGACUCGUUACUAUACAGCGUAACAAUCUGGAUUUAUUGAAUUCCCCCCACUAAGUCUCAAUGUCAUAAUGGACAGGUUACACUCCUCCAUGCGUAAAAGGCUCUACAGUUUGCCACAGCACAUCGGACAGAGAGCAUCCAUAAUGGGCGAAGAUGAAGACGCAGACAAGGACACCCGGAGGAAGAGUCUUAGGAUGAAGCCUUUGCCGUCACCGAUGCCGACCUCUGGGGGAAGCUGCAAAGGCAUCGGGGAGACCAAAAGUGGGGAGUCUGUGAUCAUGGAGACGGACAUGGGGAGACCGAUGAAGACCAGCUCAAAUGGAGACUGUCGGAGAUUUCGAGGCAGCCUCUCGUCCAUCACAAGUCGCCAUGUGCACGACUCCGACGCGGCGGAGCAGAGGCGCUUGAUCACCGAGGGGGAUGUCACCCCGAGCGAGGAGAGCCCCCCCGGGGCCAUCGGCGAUGGCCCGUCGGAUCAAGGCGCGCAAGGGGCCAGCGGCGGCGUUGGCGCCCAAAAAGACUCCGCGGACCAGGAAGCAGGGUUUAUAAAGUUGGAUGGCAUUGAUCAAAUCCUGCCGGACGACGAGAGAUUAUAUCAAGCAGGGUUCAUACACCGACAGUUUGGAGCAAUGCUCCAACCCGGGGUCAACAAGUUCUCCCUGAGGAUGUUUGGAAGUGAGAAGGCGGUCGAACGGGAACAAGAGCGGGUUAAAUCCGCAGGAUUUUGGAUAAUUCACCCGUACAGUGAUUUCAGGUUUUACUGGGACUUGACCAUGCUGCUGCUGAUGGUGGGCAACCUCAUCAUCAUCCCCGUGGGCAUCACGUUCUUCAAGGAUGAGCACACGCCCCCCUGGAUCGUGUUCAACGUGGUCUCCGAUACCUUCUUCCUCAUGGAUCUGGUCCUCAAUUUCAGGACUGGCAUCGUCAAAGAGGACAACACGGAGAUCACUCUGGAUCCACAACAGAUCAAGAUAAAGUACUUGCGGAGUUGGUUUGUGGUGGAUUUCAUCUCCUCCAUCCCCGUGGACUACAUCUUCCUCAUCGUGGAGACGCGCAUUGAUUCGGAUUUCUACAAGACAGCACGUGCCUUGCGGAUUGUCCGCUUCACAAAGAUUCUCAGCUUGCUGCGACUCCUGCGCCUCUCCAGACUCAUCCGCUACAUCCACCAGUGGGAAGAGAUCUUCCACAUGACCUAUGACCUAGCCAGCGCCAUGGUGAGGAUAGUCAACCUGAUCGGCAUGAUGCUGCUGCUGUGCCACUGGGACGGCUGCCUGCAGUUCCUGGUGCCCAUGCUGCAAGACUUCCCCGCCGACUGUUGGGUGUCCAAAAAUAAGAUGGUGAACGACACGUGGGGACAGCAGUACUCCUACGCACUUUUCAAAGCUAUGAGCCACAUGCUGUGUAUUGGCUACGGCAUGUACCCCCCAGUGGGCAUGACAGACGUGUGGCUGACCAUCCUCAGCAUGAUCGUGGGUGCUACCUGCUACGCCAUGUUCGUGGGCCACGCCACGGCGCUGAUCCAAUCCCUGGACUCGUCCCGACGGCAGUACCAGGAGAAGUACAAACAGGUGGAGCAGUACAUGUCCUUCCACAAGCUGCCAGCGGAUAUGAGGCAGAGAAUCCACGACUACUACGAGCAUCGUUACCAGGGCAAGAUGUUCGAUGAGGACAGCAUCCUGGGAGAGCUGAACGAGCCGCUGCGAGAGGAAAUCGUCAACUUUAACUGUCGAAAGCUGGUGGCGUCCAUGCCUCUGUUUGCCAACGCCGACCCCAACUUUGUCACUUCCAUGCUCACCAAGCUGAGGUUUGAGGUGUUCCAGCCUGGGGAUUACAUCAUCAGGGAAGGAACCAUCGGCAAAAAGAUGUACUUCAUACAGCACGGGGUUGUCAGCGUGCUAACCAAAGGCAGUAAAGAGACCAAGCUGUCAGAUGGCUGCUACUUUGGAGAGAUUUGCUUGCUGACACGAGGCCGAAGGACAGCCAGCGUCCGAGCAGACACAUACUGUCGCCUGUACUCUCUGUCUGUGGACAACUUCAAUGAGGUGCUGGAGGAGUAUCCCAUGAUGAGAAGGGCAUUUGAGACUGUUGCCCUGGACAGGCUGGACCGCAUCGGCAAGAAAAACUCCAUACUGCAGCACAAGGUACAACAUGACCUAAGCUCAGGUGGACUCAACUACCACGAGAGUGAGAUCAUUCAGCAGAUUGUGCAGCAUGACAGGGAUAUGGCCCACUGUGCCCACCUCUUGCAGAAUGCCCCAUCCCAGACGCCUCCUUCACCCACCCCUGUAAUCUGGGCCCCCCUCAUCCAGGCCCCUCUACAGGCAGCAGCUGCCACCACCUCAGUAGCCAUUGCCCUGACACACCAUCCUCACCUUCCACAAACUCUUUUCAGGCCCCCAGUUUCUGUUCUGGGGUCCUUAAAGGACCCACCCAGCCGGCUUAAGAAGUUCCCCACAUUUGUUUCUCCAUCCCCAGGACCUGGUUCUGUUGGGGACUCACCCUCUAACACAUCCUCUGAACUGGGGACUGGGGUGGACAUGCCAUUGCUGGCCUCUUUUCGGGCCCUUCACAUGACGUCAGGUACAGGGCCAAUUGGCUCGAGCCAACAGGCCUCAGGUAGCGGGGUCCAGCGUGGACCUAGUGGGACUGGUUUUGGGUCCAGUGGAAGACAGGCCUCUGCCUUCCCCUUCGGACCAUACUCUUCCUCUGGUUCACCCUCGUCUAGCACGGCCCAAUUACACCCACAACCACAGCAUCAACAACCAUUCCGCUCCAGUACUCCACCUCUCUCGAACCUUUUCAACCAAGGAUCCACAGGUGGAAGCACAGGGUCAGGAAUAAGUGGUGCAGCAGUUGGAGCAUGUGGUGCUGCUACAGGUUGGUCUUCGAGUGGAGCAGUUGGAGACUUUGGGGAAGGAGCCAUAGGAGGAGACACAGCUUGGGCUGGAGAGGACUUUACAUUUGGAAUGACGGGGCAACUGCCUGAUGCACACUUUGGGUCCGGAGGAACUACUGGUGGAGCAGUAGCCGAGAUCUCAGGGGAUUCGAUUAGAGGGAAAUCUGAAGGAGCAGCGGCUGUUGCUUGUGUCAGGUUAGCGGGUGGGGCAUCAGGGGGAUCAGCGGUUGGUAUUACCUGCGGUUCAAUAGGAGAAACAGCCAGGAAAUCAAUGGGAGGGACUUCUAGGGGAUCAAUGAGAAGAGCUUCUGGGGGAUCAGUGGGAGGGGCUUUGGGGGAGUCACUACUAGGAUUGUUCGGAAAGCCUUCUGCUGGAUCAAUAGGAGUGGUUUCCGGGGGAUUUACUGGAGGGCCUUCUGGGGGACCACUUGGAGGGGCGUCUGACGGUUCAAUGGUAGGUAAUCCCGCAGGAUUGUUGGGAACGGUUUCAGAUGGAUCCACAACUAGCUAUUUAGGAGGUGUGAGUGGGCCAGGGGGAGCAAUGAUUGGAGGACAUAUAGGCAAAGCAUCAGUAGGAGCUGUAGGGAGCCAUAUAGGUGGUGCUGCAGCUUGUCCCAUAGGAGGGACUUCUGUUGGAACUUCGGCUGGACUUCUUGGUUCCUCCUGUUGUCAGAGUCCUAUAUCUACCGCCUCAUCAAGUCCUAUGCCUGGUCAACUGCUACAUAGUCAGCCAUCACCCAAGCUGCCUCAGGUAGCCCCUUUUCAGCAGUUUGCUGGGGGAGGCAGGACUACCAGUGGCUUAAACCUCUUCCAUUCUCCUCAACAUGGCUCCCCGUCCUCUAGCAGAGGACAGCACAGCCAGCAGCCUGCUGAGGGCUCCCCGUCCUCCCUCAACCAUUUUAGCCUGGCAGCCCUCCAGUCUGGCUUAAUGCCUCACCAUAUGUCCCUAGAGAGGUCCGCGCUGGCCUCCCUGGCACAGUAUGGUUCAGCAAACGCCUCCCCCUGCCUUACCCCAGUAGCGCCUAGCCCCACUAUUCAAAGCCCAGUGGCCGGCAGGACUUUCUUCCAUAGUGACCACUCAAGUGCCACAGGAUCCCACAGUUGUCCACUCAUGUCUCAGUCCUCUCUCCCUUCACAGCUUCGCAGCCCGCCACACGCGACAGAGAGAGUUUCUCCACUUGGCCACUUUUCUGAGGACAGUAAGCUUUCAUCCAGCUCGCACCCUUCUCUGCCCCAAGAGGUAGCCCAGGCCUUAGGCCACCGUACUGCCUGCUCCUUUGUGGACACUGGAUAUUACCCCUCACCCUUCUCCUCGCCCACUCUUGUUCCUAAACCCUGUAGCUCAGUGCCAGGACACAUGACUCCUCCAACCCAUCUGUCUCCGGGGCACCCUCACCAGAUACAGUCCACUGGGGCCUCCCCGGCCUCGCCUCUACAGAGGGCCUCUGCAGCCUACUCAUCAGAUCUAGAACCUCAAACGGUCCGCUCUAAACUCCCUUCCAACUUGUGAGGAUUAAUCACACCCUCCAGUGCUCCUCGAAACUGAUACACACAAACAAUAUUUUUUUCUGUCUUCAGAUUUGACUAAUUUUACCAUGAUCUUAAAAAUAACUGUGAUUGAAAUGACACUUUAUCGGGUUACUCAGAGCUCUAGAAUUCUCUAUAUUUGUGUUUAGCUUUACAAUUUUUUUUAUUCAUACUGUAUGUACAUAGAUAGAGGUAUAUUUAAAUUAUAAUUGAAUCGGUGACUAAGAUGGUGUGACAAAAACAUCUUAAUCUAAAGGUAAUUUUCUUUUUAUCUAUAACUAUGCCAAAUUUAAGUUUUGGAAGACAAUUUGUUUGACAACACAUUAAUACUCUGUUUCAGCAGGAACCUAUGCACUAAUACCUGCAUGCAUAAAUGCUUUUUCUGUGUUUUAAAAAAUAAUGAUCUAAAUUUAUAACUAAAACAAAAUUCUUCGAUACUGGCAAAAUCUUUUACCAUCUCAUAUAGGAUCACAUAUUGUUGAUCCUUAAAUUUAUCUAUUAGAUUGUACUUAUUUAUCCUCUGUAUAAACCUUUGAAAACCUAACAAGAGAUGGAUAAGAGAUUUUUGAAAACGUAAUAGGAGAAGGAGAACAGGUUUUUAGGAAACCAAAAAGACUUUUUCUGUCGGGUUUAUUUACCGUCUCUUGGCCCGUCAAUCCUUUUUUUAUACCACUUUAUUGUAAUAAUAAGGUUUUUUGAAGCAGGGGGGAAAGGGGUUCAUGGAGCAACCCGCCAUCUUAAUAUUGCGGCAUAACGGUAUGUGGGUGACUAUCUUCUGCAGAGUCCUCAACCACGUCCUAACAAGCUCACUUUGUCUUCCAAACUCACGCCACUAAUGUGUGUAGAAAGCAUGCUUUUUUUUCUGACUGUUUGCAAAUUCUAAUGUGUGAGUGUUAUUGCAGAUAAGUGUGUGAUUCAGUGGGACAGUCUGAUGCAAAGACAGACUUUUCCCUUAACUGAUCAAAAGGCAAAACCUAAAACUUCCUUUCACCUCAGCUUGUGUGUUGCAUUGUCAAAAUUAGCUGGUACACAAGCGGAAAUAUCCGAGUGAGGUCACCUGACUGUAUUUGAUUUCUGCAUUACUUGGUCCACUAUAGCUUCUAUUUCAAUAUAGACAUGUUUCCUGAUUGAAGGCCAAUGCUGAGUUUGAGAUGUUGAAUGUAUGUAUAUUUAGGGUUGCUAAAAGUAAGCACUGUAGCUGUGGUCGAUGCACUGUGACCCCGGGGGUUUAAGAGACUGUUCCGUAACUGAAAUGUUCAUUGGUUGAAGACUUUUGACGUUUUCUCCAGCAGCCAUUUCUUCUGCCAAAGUGUCCUUUAGCAAGACACAGAACCGACUCAAUUGGUGUGAGGCCUGAUCUGAAAACAUGACUUAGUAAAUCUCCUAAAACAUCCCACUCUUUACUGCAUGUUCUCCUUUAGGUAUUGCCAUGAUCAAGCCUUUGCUUCUGUAAGUCGGAGAAAAAUAGCUUGCAUGAAAGUGCCAGAAAGACCUUGUCAACCAUUGGUUUGAGUUUUAGCUACAUUGCUAUUAAAAGGACAUCUGAAUAAUAAACAGUAAAGACAUGAGCAUAUCUAGAUGUAGCAGUAAAAAUUGAAAAGUUCCAUUGUAUUUUUAAAAUCUGGUCAAGAAAACUGAAUACACAGUGAAAGGAGGUAACACCAAACUCCCAAAGGAGAAUAUCAGCGAUUUGCUUCUACAUGUUUGUCUCCAUAGCUCAUCACCAAGACGGACCCAGGUUCCACUCAGACACCUGAGUCCCUAGCUCAGUCACAGCCCUCAGCCACAGAAGACUAAUUUAACAAGACAUGUCUGUAAUCCUUUGACCCUUGCAGGCUAUCGUGGACUCACACACAGAAGUGCACGGUCUUACCUUAUUAAAGUUCUCAAAAGUCCCUACAGGUAGUGAUUCACGUGACCAGACACAACACACAGCUGCAUACAACAAGAACACCUGGCAAAAAUAAUAAAUAUUCAAUUAUACCUUUCUCUUUCCACAACAUUUUGUGAAAUUAUUGAAUUUGCAGUAAACUAAUCUAAGACAAAUGGAUUGUCUACCUUCUUAUUGUAGUCAGAUUCGCCAGGCUUGUUUAUAUUUAGCCACCAAGGGUAUGAUCAAUGAUUUCAUGUAUGAUUUUUGGUAAAGACAUAAAUGCAUCUUUUGUAACCCUUACUACACAUGGGAUCUUUUUAAAAUUAUUAUGUUCAUUGUUUGAAAAAUAUUAGGUAACACUAUCAUAAAAUAACCGUCUUCCAUCAACCCAUCCAUCCAAUAACUUUUAUUUGGGUAACUGGCGUCAUGAAUAUAUUAUUAUGUGAUCCCAGAAUUUCUUUCACUCAGCAAAAUAGUAACAUUGAUUAAGUGUUCAUCUUUAAUGUCAUUCUCAUAAUUGCCUCAUUUUACAAGUACCUGUAUAAACAGCUCAAUGCAGUAAGCCCAGGACUUAUCUAUGUAACUAGUCACGGGAAAUGUAGUCAUCAUCAUGACAUAUGAUUUGAUUCCGCAGAAUAAGGGGAAGUAGACAAAGCAAGGACUCUAUGAUUAGCUUAUCAUUAUAGAAUUACUCUCAAAUGAAAUUACAUAAGUGAAAUCAAUACUGGAUCCUAGCUUUCAUCUGGAUGAGCAUCACCUUCUCACGGUCUUCUUCACCGUUGGAGAAGUCUUUACCAAUAGAUUAAGCAGUGCUGUCUUCACCUCUCCCACAUUUAACACCUCUUCUAAAUCUACAGUAAGCAGACAUCUGAAAGGAACUAAAGCAAUUUGUUGGCCUUGAUCCUCAUAGUGGGAGUUAUCCAGAGUGCCUAUUGGUAGGGAGGGACACAGCUCUGAGACAAAUAAUACGGGAUGUAAACCCACAGAACAGGCUUAGCUGGAACACGCUCAACUGGAAUAUGGAUUGUUUUGACACAGGGUAAGCUAAUGGGUUUCAAAGUACAAAUUAAUUGAUAUGGAGCAUUGCCCUGAGUGUGUGAGUGUCUGUGUGAGUGUGUUUGCCAAACUACCUAGCAGGGUCGAUGGCUGGGGCUGGACGCCGUUGGAAAAGGGUGGGAAAGGGAGGCACGGGUCAUAGUUCGCUGAGAGAUAGUCAUUAGACAGGGAUUGAUUAGUUGGCCCUGAACUUAAUCCGGUCCAUUAUCACAGAUAAGUGGUUUGGGGACGGUUUGGCACGGUGUAUCCGCUGAAUCCGUCAUUGUCAGUUAGAGAGCUGACACAAUCUGCAUGAUGUCCUGUCAGUUUCAUUUGGGGCAACAUCAUUGAAGAAUCUGUGCUGGAAAUUUAUGCAAGAAAACUGCCAACUUGAAGAUUGAGAAAAGCAUAUUUUCAUUGAUGGCAUGAAGCUUUGAAAUGAUGUAAUGCCAAUCAUUUUUCAACUCACAGAAGAUCAUGUACUCCCUCAUUCCGAGUAGAGACAUGAAAAUAGCCAAAAGUAGUAUUUCGAUUCGAUAAGGACCCUUUGAAACUUUGCGUCUUCUGAGAGAAGUGAAAUGAGAAAAACAUCUGUGACUCAUCUGCUCCUGCAGGGUAUUUUUUGCAUGAUGUCUCUCCAUGUCACCCAUCUAAACAUGGCAAGAAAGCGGCUCUAUGAGAUUAACAGAGGAUAACGCAAAGAAGGGUUGAAGGAUCACAAUAGCUGCCAGCUUUAUGUCCAAGCGCUACAAGCUAGUCUGUUCAGAAGUCAGCUUAGAGGAAAAGGGGGGAAAAGCACCUGCCAUUUCUGUGUGUGAUCCGUUAUAGUUUAAUUCAUUUCAAUAUCUUUCAUUUGUGUGAAUGGGUGAUUCUCUUUCAAUUUAAUAUAAUCUUUGUCAGGGCAACCUAGCCUUAGGAAUAAAGAAUACAAAAGGAACAUUUAUAUAAAUGUCUGGGAUAUGUUAUUUUCCCUCUGCCUGAGGUCCCGGCUGGAUAUGGAUAUGGCUAUGGCCUGGCUACAUGGGUAAGUGGCCUUAGCGUAAGGCCGCUUUGCAGAGCUAGAGUAGGGCUUCACAUGGUACCCACGUAAGACGUUUCUUCCUGUAAAACAGAAGACUCCAAGUUUGGUGAACUUCCAUUUUUGUUGUGUAACAUUAGCCUCCCUCUCCCUACUUUGUUGACCUAUCCUUGCCCAUGAAUGUGGGUUGGUGAGUCAGCGAUGCAAACUAAUUAAAUAAUUUGCUGUGAUUGAGGAUUAGAUGUUGCAGCAGCUGAAUCUCUGGAGAGAAGAAGCCACGGGUGUUAUUUCUGAGGCCAUCCUUAAUUCAUUCAUGACCACAAAUCCUUCCUAGCCUCCCAUAAUCGCACUAUUUAUUUUAUACAAAAGCGCUAAAAUCAGCUGUUCGUGUGACAGUAUACCUCAGAGGUAUUGGAUAUAAUAUGAAGAUUGGUAUAUAGGGGGAAAAUUUUAGUUUAUCGUAGCGUCUAACACAACUGACCCCCUUUGCUUGGAAUUUGGAAUGGAAUUACUUGACAAUAAUGUUAUUUUGAGUUGUUGGGCAGUGUAACCUGGAUAUGAUGUAGUUUAGGCAAAGCAUGCGAUAGUGGGGAGCAAACCAUUUCACUCUAAGACCCAUUCACACUAUGAAACGGGAAUCUGUAGCUGACCUGUAGUCAGUGAUUCAUCAUUCUUUACUGCUUGUUCAUAUUUCAAAUUUGACAUGAUUCCGUGAACUAACAAAUAUAUUUAGAUGCUAGGAUUUAGUUCGGAAAAUACAUUUCAUAUUUUUCUCUACUGGUUUUAGCUGUUAAGAAAAUCCUGUGUGGCAGCCAAAGGUGAUUCUGUUCUUCAAUGUAUUAGUCUGGCAGAAAAACGAAAGGGGACGUUCAUACUACAUUACGUUAUCUUCUGAAACUAUCCUUCAUUUGCAAAAGUAUGUAUUUAAUUCCACUUUAUCUGCUGUUGGGAACCUCUUAUCGACAAGGUACUUAUAUAGAUUUAUAUAUUUCCAUAGGACCUAUUUAUAUUUCUGUAUCUAUUUUAGACUUUUAAGGGAUCUCAUUAUCUCCAUAAUGAUAAGCAACGUUCACCAAAUUGUGUGUAUGUAUAGAGUUCAUAACAUAUCCAUGAUUUUUAAGGAAACAUGUCAUUUGCAUUGUAUAAUCUCUCUACUUUGGUGCAGCGCAGGAGUGGGACAUCAUCAUAUUAUGAUGCUACAGAAUAAGACUUUCUACCUAAAGGCGCAUCCUUUUUGUUCCCGCAAAGGCAACGACUGGUUCAACACUUCUUAAAAGGACACUUGACCUUUCGGGGAGGACAGUAUUAUGACUGCUUUGCUAUUUGAUCAAUGGAUAUCUAUUUUUUUUCUGCAUUUAACACGGGAACUAAAGGAAAAAGCAAUAACGGAACUGUACAGGUAUGGUGUGACUCGAUGUGUACCUGUGGGACAUUGCACUGACCCACGCAGCAACCCGCCCACACACACUGUAGCAGUGACUCGUGGCUUGCGCGGCGGUCAAAGGGGUGAGGCCAAAGGGGUGAGGCAGAACCGGCAUUGUCGAUAAGCACAUACUGGAUGAAAUAAAUCGGUAUAGAAUAAAUAA